AUGUCACGAACGGCCGCAGGAUCAACAGCACCAAAUACAAACGGAGUAAACGGUAAGGCAGCGCCACCAGCGCCGUCAUCCUCGGCGGCCGCAACAACAUCCUCUUCCUCCCUCUCCCCAAGCCGCAUGAAUUCCACCAUUCGCGCGGUACCAAGUUUUGAUCGUUCCUCCGCCGAAGACUCGAGCAGCGACGGCACAAACGCGGCAACGUCGAGGAACUCUGCACUUUCGAGCUCGAUCAACAGCACAGCGAGCAUGUCUUCUUCCGAGUCGGCGGCGAACCUGACGCCCAACGGCGGUGGGCUCCACAAGAUUCCAUCGGUGGGAAGGCUGCGACCUGGCCCGUCGGGGGCUUCGAUUGGCGAGAAUAGUUACAGUAACAGUGAUCAGAACAGCACGCCAGGGACGAGAACGCUGCGGUCAUUUCCUAGCAUGGGUGACAUUCCGCAGCGGGGGAGCAGUAUUAGCGCUACCGGUUACCCCUCGGCGGCUGACAACCCCGGCCCCAACGGUGGAGGAAGCCCGACUCCUAAUGAGAUGUCGCUUGCUGCUGGGGAGGCGCAUCUCUCGGGGGGGUGGGACAACUCGGUGGGCAAGGCUGGGUUGGGGAAGACGGGGAGGGUGAUCAACCGGUUGGUGUCGGACAACGAGUCGUUGAAGAGGGACAUCAAGAUUGAGAGGCUGAGGGCGGAGGAGGCGAGGCAGCAGGCGCAGCUGCUGAAGGACCAGCUGGACAGGACGACGCGGGAGCACGAGAGCCAGAUGCUGGAUGUCAAUGUCACCAAGACUUUGCUAGCGCGUAAGGAGCGGCAGGUGGAGGCGCUGCAGCAGACGGUGGAGCUGGAGCGGACGAGGGCUGUGUCGGCGACGGACAGGGAGAGGAUCUGGAAGGAGGAGCUGGAGAAGGUCAAGGCCGAGUGCAAACGGCAGGUGGAGGAGGCGAACAAUCAGGUUUUGCUGACGGACGGGCGGUAUAACGCGCUUGCGAGCCACUGGGGCGGGGAGGGGGAGAGGUACAGGAAGAGGACGGACAAGAUGAGGAAGGAGUUUGAGGAGCUGAGCGAGAAGAGGAGGGAGGAUGACGAGAAGAUUAGGAGGCACGAGCAGAUGAUUGAUCAGAUGUAUGUGGAGAUUGAUGAUUUGGAGAAGCAGAACAGGGCGCUGUGGGAGAUGUUUGAGCGGUACAAGAAGGAGAAGGACGAGAGCUUGAGGGGGAUGACGGAGGAUAAUUUGAGGCAGGCGGAGGAGCUGCAGAGGACGAUUGAGGAGGCGAAGGAGGCGAGGGAUAAGUUGAGGUGGGCGUUGAAUGUGAAGGAGAAUGUCAAGGGGGCGAAAUAA